UCUAACAUUGCAUACAGAGAUCAAGAAAUGGCUUGUUCAUCCACAUAUAGAGUUCCCAGUGGGUUAGGAUUCUUGGGGCCUUCCAAGAUUGGUCGGAAUCCUUUGAAAAACAAAGGUGGUGUCCGGUCAGGAGCAAAGUAUGUGGUACCAACGUGUGCAGUCUCCUCUGCUAGGCCAGCGUCACAGCCUAGGUUCAUACAGCACAAGAAGGAGGCCUUCUGGUUCUACAGGUUUCUUUCCGUAGUAUAUGAUCAUGUUAUAAACCCAGGGCAUUGGACUGAGGACAUGAGGGAUGAUGCAUUGGAACCUGCUGAACUAUACGACAAUGAGUUUAAGGUUGUUGAUGUUGGCGGUGGAACUGGGUUCACUACAUUGGGGAUUGUCAAGCAUGUGGACAACGACAAUGUGACUCUGCUGGACCAGUCACCACACCAGAUUGAGAAAGCUCGGCAGAAGGAGGCACUGAAGGGGGUGACCAUCAUGGAGGGUGAUGCUGAGGACCUCCCCUUUCCGACUGACACAUUUGACCGCUAUGUCUCUGCUGGAAGCAUUGAGUAUUGGCCUGACCCGCAGCGAGGAAUCAAGGAAGCUUACAGGGUCGUGAAGCCUGGCGGGCUUGCCUGUUUGAUUGGUCCAGUUCACCCAACAUUCUGGCUAUCUCGCUUCUUCGCCGACAUGUGGAUGCUCUUCCCCACAGAAGAAGAGUACAUAGAGUGGUUCACCAAGGCAGGGUUCGAGGAUGUCAAGCUCAAAAGGAUCGGGCCCAAGUGGUACCGUGGUGUUCGUCGGCAUGGCUUGAUCAUGGGAUGCUCCGUGACAGGCGUGAAGAGAGCUUCUGGCGACUCCCCUUUGCAGCUUGGUCCCAAGGCUGAGGAUGUUGAGGAACAGGUGAAUCUUCUCGCCUUCCUCUUCCGCUUCGCCAUCGGGACGAUAUGCGCGUCGUACUACGUGCUAGUGCCUAUCUACAUGUGGAUCAAGGAUCAGGUUGUUCCCAAAGGCCAGCCGAUUUAAGCAAUGGUAGUGAAGAUCCAAUUUUGGCUUCUGUAUGUUAGCGACCUGUAGUGCUUGCAGUUCCCUACUCAUGUAUGUUUGUGCUUUUCUUUCCGUCAAAAUCUUGUUUAUGCAAAGGGACUUUGUUCACUAGCAGAAUUGUAGAGGCUAGGGAUGUAAUAUUCCCAUUUAUCGGAUGAAAUGCAAAGGAGCUUGAUGAAGCGUCAAAA